UCUCUCUCUCUCUCUCUCUCUCUCUCUCUGAUGGGUUCCCCAAUGGCCGGAUGGCACUUACCUGUCCCAGAUCCAAAAUCAGUUAAAUAUCUGAGGAACAGAUCAUUCACCAAAGAAGAAAUCGAAGCUUACUGGAGAUCAAAGAAGACAAUAGAGGAAGAACACCUUAGGACUAUUCUUUCUAGUCUGCAAGAAACCACUCAUCAGGAAAGUGGCCAAAAAGAAUCAAGAGUAAGGCUUGAGAGAUCAAACUCCCUUCCCCUAGUUGAUAUGAGGAAGAGUAAUCUCACAAAUGUGGUCUCUGAAACAGAUCUAGAUGAUGAGAUCAUAAGGAAUAAUGCCUGGUGGACUAGGAGCAACUUUGCUUUUCUGAAUGAACCUCCUGUAAUAGUUACGGAAGGCCCUUCCUACAAAUAUGCAUCACAGUACCAUCUUACCAACUUCAGUUCCUCUGAACCAGCUGGUGCUCGCCCUGGAUUAAUAACUACCUGAAUGAUAUAUAUGUAGAUUAGCUCAACAAGCAAUGGAAGAAUAUUGUAUAUGCAAGGGUGGUUUGUAAUAGUGAUCUGGGAGUGAAGGUUAAUUUAGUUGGACAAUGAAUAAAUUUGCUACUUAAUUUUCA